CAAGGUGCAUUUAUAAAGAUGUACAACUGAAGGGGAUAACAGAUUACAAUUCCAUUUUGGACAGAGCGUUUGUGCAAACCAUCGUCAAGAUGUUUUUGUUCUUUGUUCUUUGUUCACUGGGUCUCGUGUGCGGCUUUGACCACCCUCUGUGCCUUGCCAGACUUCGAGCUUCUGCUUCAUCGGGCCUCUGUCCGGGGGCCGUCUGUCGCAUCGUCCUUGACUCCACGACAGGUGUUACAUCUGCUAAAUGCAUAAAGGGCGGCUACCACUACUGUCCUGAGCCCCCGCUGGAGGAGGGGCCACUCUUCGGGGGGCAGUGGUGCCAGAGGCAGUGCGAGGAGGACACGGACUGCACAGGGAGACAGGUCUGCUGCAACGACUUCUACGGUUGUGGCAAAAAGUGCCGUGACCCACUUCCGCUCUACACUUGUGAGCAUUUGAAAUGUACUGACGGCCAGAUGUGUGUCAUGGCGGGGACUGAAUUACCAGCACCUUCAUGCAUCAACAGCACCUGCAGCCCCCCUUGUGGGUCAGGACUGAAAUGUGAAAUGGACGUUGACCCAUCCUGUACCCAGACUCCCUGUCCUCCAGUGCCCCGAUGUCUGGCGAAAGAUCCUGCGUGUUCCCCACCAUGUGCCCCUGGGUACUCGUGUUUACUAACCCAAGUCCCCGGAUGUAGCAAGCCACCCUGUCCCAAAGUGCCUCAGUGUCGACCCCAGUGCCUGGCCUACCCCGGGGGUAUCAACGAAAGUAACUGCAUCGUGAGUGACCUGUGCUCACCGUCGCCUUCUGUCGCCCAGACUCAGUGUCCGGGUGGAACCGUGUGUUGUCCGACGGUGUGUGGCCGUCGGUGUCUGCAGCCGCUACCUGUGUAAGACCCACGUCACGUGACUGACACGUGUUCCUCACGUAGUGUUCUGCCACACACUGCUCACCACGUAGUGUUCUACCGUGCUCCACGUGUCAUCCAUACACCGAGACAAGCUAGAGGGAUUCUUCUACUCUAGAGCAUAUACGAUUCAGACAUUUUUUCCAAAGCUGACAAAUGUGAAUAUUUCAAAUUUUUCGAGACCUUGAUGCGAGUUACAGGCUUACUCAGCAAAUGUAUUUAUUCUUGAGGAAUAAAGAUGGUAAACUAA